GGAAGAUUAGAAGAGAUAUUGUAUAAGUUCCUGUUUGCUUAUCGUUCAACACCGAAUCGUGAGACGGUCGGUGAAGUGUCCCCUGCGGAAGCUAUGCUUAGAAGAAAAAUCAGAACGCCAUUAGAUAGUUUGAAGCCAAAUUUUGAAAUGACUAUCGAACGUAAUUCCAGAAUGGAAAUGCAAUACAACAAUAAGCAUGGAGCGAAGCCAAGAAGAUUCUUACCCGGACAAAAGGUUUGGGUACGUAAAACAAUGGAGUGGGUUCUUGGAAUUAUUCUAAGGAACAGAGGAAGAGUUAUCUAUGAGGUCGGAGUAAGCAAUAUGAAAUGGCUAAGACAUGCUAACCACAUCCGACCGUCCAGAUGCGAUGACGGGAAUGAAGCUAAGCUGAGUACUCCGAUGACCUUAAACAUGUUACUUGAUUUGACUGACAGAAGCAAUCAGAAAAAGAAAGCAGUGGAAACAAGAACAG